AUGGCUCCCCCAACCGCCACCGAAACUGUCGCCAAUACUGUGACAAUGCAGGCACCAGAGUCAUCGCAGGCUGCUGGUGUCGAGACGGCCAAGGUGAAAAUGCAGAUGCCGUCGUCACCCGUCUUUAAGGAUAAGAUGGAGGAGCGUGAGUUCCUCAAGGGCCGCCUGGCGGCCGCAUUUCGCAUCUUUGGGAAGUAUGGGUAUGAUGAGGGUGUUGCCGGGCAUAUUACCUUGCGUGACCCCGUGGAUCCAACUACUUUCUGGGUCAAUCCGUUUGGAACUGCUUUCUCUCAUAUCAAAGCCUCGGAUCUGAUCCAGGUAGACCACCACGGAAAGGUCAUCGACGGCGGUCCGAACCGGAUGCUCAACGCCGCGGCAUUUAUGAUCCACUCUGCAAUUCAUGCCGCACGCCCGGAUGUGCUGUGCGCCGCUCAUAGCCAUAGUAUCCAUGGACGGGCGUUCUGCUCGCUGGGACGGCCACUGGAUAUCAUAACUCAGGACGCCUGUGCGUUCUACAACGAUCACGUGGUGUACAAGCAGUUCAACGGCGUCGUCCUCGCCGAAGAAGAAGGCAAGAACAUCGCGGAAGUGCUAGGAAAUAAGAAAGCUGCCCUUCUGCAGAACCACGGCCUCCUUACUGUAGGGCGUUCAAUUGAGGAGACCGUAUUCUGGUUCGUCAGCCUGGAGAAAUGCUGCUAUGCGCAGCUGCUGGCCGAUGCGGCCGCCGCAGGCCGUGGUGGAGAGACGAUCAAAAUCAACGACGCCGAUGCUGCAUUUACUUACAAGACGGUCGGCACACACAAGGCUGGAUGGUUCAGUGCUAAACCGCUGUUUGAUGUGAUCCACCGAGAGACCAGCGGAGAGUACCUGCACUAA